AUGUGGUAUCCCAAGCUCGCGGCCUCGCUCCUCCUGUCACUUCUGGCGACCAAUGCCUUCGCCGCGUCCGAUGAUGCGGUCGAAGAGGAGGUCCCGAGUCCUGAUGCCUCCGCCAACCUCGCUGUCUCGGUCAGCGCUUCGUUCCCCAACUCUGAGAUUUUCGGCGUCAAGCUGGUCAAUGGCCACCCCACCAAUGCCCUUCUCGACUUCAAGAACGAGGAGAAAGAACCCGUCACGAUCGAGUUCAUCGGCGGCUCUCUGCUCAAUCCUGCCACCGGCCAGCCCGUGCGCAACUUGACCGUCUCCAAGUACAACGUCCACAUUGGAGCCUCAAGCAGCGCCAGCUUGACCUACAGCUUCCAGACCGAGAUGCACCCCCAGGACCUCAAGCUCAACCUUGCCGCCGUUGUCAGGGACAGCAAGGAUGCUUUCUACACCCUUCAGGCCUACAACGAGACUGUCAGCAUUGUCGAGGCACCCACCAGCAUCUUCGACCCCCAGAUCCUUUUCCUCUACUUCGUUCUCGCUUCCGUUUUCGCCGGCACCUGCUACUUCAUCUACAACACUUGGAUCACGACUCUGUUCCCUCAGAAGAAGGGCCGUGGCAAGGGUGGCGAGCGCGCCAAGACUUCUUCUCAGGGCUCCAAGGCCGUCGACCCGGCUGACCAGGUUGCCGUUGUCGGCGCUGACGGUCCUGCUGUCACGUCUGGCGCCAAGACCUACGAUGAGAGCUGGAUCCCCGCCGGCCACCUGAACCGCCCGGAGCCUCGUCGUGUCAAGAGCGGCACUCCCAAGACCAAGGCUCGCGGUUGA